CAACCGUUCCGUAAAUUUUUUAUUACGCUUCGACCAGCGACCUUCGUUUUUCAAAAUUUACAAGUUAUUAUCGUGUUGCUCAUUUGCUUAAUUUCCUUAAAAAUGGCAACUGUUUUAUGUUCUAAGGCAGUUUAUAUAUGCCAUCUUGACCCGAGUUCAAAUUCUUCUAUGAAAUUAAUUCUGCUGAAAAACGUCCAAAAUGUAAACACGAUCACCGAAAACAUAAAACACGGUGUAUGGAAAUGUGCUGCUAUAAAUCCGUCUUUAAUACUAGAUCCUUUCCAAGUAGCUGUGGCCGCCAACCGUGCUGUCGUUGCCCAAAUGUUAGGAAAUAUGGUAACAAAGUCGGUGUAUGGAGAAAUUUUAUAUAACUUGUCACUCACCAAAAAUAUAACCCAGAGCUUAACCAAGUUUGGCGUUUACAAACAGCAUUGUGUUUUACUGUGUUUUAUUGUAACACAAAAAGAGGAUCACAGUGACGAUGUUUUGAAGGAGAUCAAUGGAGAACUCUGUCCCAUUUCAGAUCUAAGUAAAUACACAGAACUUAAACAAAUACAAGAUGCAUUUAAAUUGGACAAUUUACAGUGCACUGAUAACCUCUUAGAUAGUAUUGUUAGCCGAAUGGUAACUAAGAAUAUUGUGUCUUUUAAUAAUAGGGGUAUUAUUCAAUAAGAACUGAGUGAUUUUAAAACAAAAAAGUAUUAUUUAUGGUGUAAUAUAUUAAAAUCUAUUGAAAUUUAUCUUUUCAUAAAUUUCAUUUUAGCCACAUUGAUAAACAUCAAUGGUAUUUUAAUAAACAAUUAUCAUAUUAAUAAUCUAGCACCCUAGCAUAGUGUACCUACUUGUGGUUGAUUUGAAUUCUUGUAAAUUCAUAUGGUGUUUUGUCUGUUUUGGGUUAAGAGUGAAUUUUUCAAUGCUCACAUAUUUAAUGUUAAAUACAGCAAUUACAUCACUAAUGUAUAAACAUAGUAAUGUGUAAGGAUUUAUGCUAGGUUAAGCUGAACUUAAAUUUUAUAGAAUGGUAUCAAAUCUGUCCACAACAUAUACAUGUACUAGUAGGCACUGCAUUGUAAUUGUACAAUGUUAUAAGAAAAAAAAUAACAAUAUUAUAGAUAUGUAUUAAAAACAGGCUGUUUUA